AUCACCUAUGAUAGCGUUAGAUAAGCACACAUAAUUUUUAAAGGAGGAUUAAAAUAGAUUUAUUGCCUUCUAUUAUCAACCAAGUAUCUGAAACUUUAAGGUUACUUUUGCGCGAAAUUCAAAGGUGGUGCUAUGUUGGCGCCUCAAAGUCAUUCUGGCUUUUACAAAACAACUAUUACAAAAUGUUUCCUAGCUUUCAGUGUGAUUUCCUCCUUCAUAUUAUUGAUGCCGUUUGCAAAACAAAAGGAUAUAUUUACAUACAAUUUAGACGAUAUAUUUGAAAAUGGAUCGAUAUGGAGAUUGGUAUUUUGUCAGUUGGCUUUCCUCAGUACAAAAGAUCUAGUCUGUGGUGGUUUAUUGUUGUACUAUUUUCGAAUAUUUGAACGACGUUAUGGUCCAAGAAAAUUUCUAUCAUUUCUGUUCUAUUGUGCUACUACAACAACGUUAAUUGAAUUACUAAUGGCAUUUAUUUUACGAAAAUUAAGUUUUUCACUUCACAUACUUCCAUCUGGACCAUUUAAUUUAAUUUUCCCAUUCUUUGUUCCGUAUUUUCUGGAUAUUCCAUGGGUACCUGUUGCCCAUGUGAUGGGUAUUCCGAUAACUGGGAAAUCAUUCCCGUAUAUAUUUGGACUUGAAAUUGCCAUGACGUCAUAUGAAUCGUUAUUCGUAUGCUUAUGUGGUUUGAUCACUGGAUUUGCCUAUUAUAAAAAUCUAUUCAAUGUCCAGUCAAGAUUAUUAUUUCCAGAAAGAAUUAUCAAAUUCGGUAAUCAAGUGAUUGGUCCAGUUCUAGAGACUCCAGCACCGAAAUACCUAAGUAAACCAUUAGGUGCAACACUAGAAGUACAACGUCAAGUUGAAUUGGAUCGUAGAGAGAUUAGUCUAAUUGAAGCGACUAGACGUAUGCGUAGUAGAGACUUUUCAUUUGAUAUGAGUCGUGUUUGGACUGGUGACCAGUAGUAGUAACAAUGAUUGAUUAAUUGAUUGAUUGAUUGAUUAAUUGAUUGGUGAGAAGAAAACACAUGCUCCAGGUGAAAUUGUAUUUUUGCUAAUAUCUUACCUACUCAACUAUUUUGAUUUUUCCUUCUUUUUUUGUCCCUUCUGUUUUUGACAAUAGUUGUUGUGUGAGACAGUAUUAGAGCUAAUUUUUACUAAUAAUAAUAUUUUUGUUAAUUAUGUGAUAUAUGACGAUGAUCAAACGACAUGCAUAUAACUACACCGUUUCUAUAUAUAUGCAUCAAAACUGUAUUCCUGUAUCAUCUCAUUUCUUUUCACUUUUAUUGUUUUUGUUUUGUGCUCACAUGACAGAUCAAUGAAAACUAUUUUUGGUGGUUAGUUAUUCUACUUUUGCAUUUAUCAUCCUGCAAUCCUUUGUAUGUAUGUAUGUUUGUGUGUGUGUAUGCGCGCGGAUGUCUGUUGCUUUUGUUCCCCUAUUCGUGUUUCUACCCUUCCUUCCCCCCAUUUUUUAUUACUCCUCAUUAGUUUGUACAUUGAUGCAAUUGAUGUUAACUUCUGUUUUUAUGCU